AUGUCUCUAUGGAUCAUAAAUGAAGGAUCGUGUACACUAUCUUCAUCAGAGUUUGGGAAAUUCGGAAAUGGGUGCAACAUGGACGAAAGAAUACUUGGAUUUCGUUCUAGUCCCCGCUGGUUUACUGGUCAUAGUCGGAUAUCAUCUGUUUCAUCUCCACAGAUGCAUCAAUCGGGCCACGACCACGAUUCUGGCGAGAUGACUCGCUAUUCUGUGUUGGAUAACAUCGAUCAAACCAUUUUUAAAGAGAAAAACGUUGAAGUAAAGGAUAGAAAUCAGGCACUUACAGUGACAGGGAACUACUUAUUUGCAUCGAUGUCUCUAGCAUCCAUCGCCCUUGUUCUCUGCUCGUUGCUCGUGGCGUGGAUUGGAAACUCGUACAACAACGAACGCGUAGCCGCGAGAGUCUAUGGAAACAUGAGUCCAACCAUUAUUUACACUAAAUACCUUGCGAUUCUCACCAGCUUCGUGAUAGCCUUUGUCUGUUUCGUCCACGCGGCAACGAGCUUCCUUCAUGCCGGUUUCCUCAUAAGCUUGCCCAACUGCGUAAUGCUUGCAGGCAAUGUCGAGAAUGCAGUCAUAACAGGGUGUAAUUUCUGGGUGGUCGGGCUCCGAUCGCUCUAUUUAGCCACCAAUUUAAUGCUGUGGAUUUUUGGCCCGAUUCCGAUGUUUCUCAGCUCAGUGGUCAUAGUGAUGCUUCUGCAGUUCUUGGAUCGGAACACAACCCCACUGCCUCAGUAUGCUCGACCACUGAAUUGCGACUCUUACAAGAAGAUCGACGAUCACUGA